AUGAAAUAAGUUAUUCUAGCAAUUAUAUUUUUCGGAUUGUGUAUUCAUGCAUAGAUGGAGAAACAUACAUUGCAAGGAGCAUUGAAUUUACUUGAGCAAGCUUAAAAUGAUAUGUCUAUAUAUGAUUAACAAGAACCAAGAUUAUAUACUUGGUUUUGCUCAUUAAGAGAUGGAUUUGCAAGAAUGUUCUAACCGAUUACAGAAAAUAAAUUGGCAAGUCAUUAUGCAUUUUUUGGAUCAGUUCCUGCUGUUAUUUUCACUGCUGGAUUCAUGCCUAUGAUCCUAUUAGUCGUUUUUAGUUAUGGCAUGUUUAAAUUCAUCACAUAUGAACCAAAGAAGAUAGAGUUUAAAUAUUCAAAAUUACCUAUUAAGGAAAUUCCAAAGCCUCAGAAUCAUAAACUCUAAUUUCCACCUUUUGGCAUAUUCAGUUUUAUAUGA